AUGGACAAGCUUCGUCGUGUGCUAAACGGCCGAGAGGAGAACGAAGAACUCGGUCUUACGGCGCAGGUCCUCGAUGCCACCUCGCUCAGCUACAGUACCAGGGUGAAAUGGUUUGUCAUAUGCUUCGCCUCAGGCAUCUUGUGCUCAAUACUUGGCACAGCAUUGCUGUUUCUUCCAAAUGGAAUCAAACUCUUUGCAGUUUUCUACACAUUGGGCAACAUUGCUGCUCUUGCCAGCACCUGCUUCCUUAUGGGACCACUAAAGCAGUUAAAGCGCAUGUUUGAGCCAACGAGACUUAUAGCAACCAUCGUUAUGCUGCUCUGCCUCAUCUUAACGUUAUGCUCAGCGUUUUGGUGGCAAAAAAAGGGAUUGGCCAUCAUUUUUUGUAUUCUCCAGUUUCUAGCAAUGACGUGGUACAGCAUCUCUUACAUUCCUUUUGCCAGGGAUGCUGUGAUGAAAUGCUUCACUACCUGUCUGAGCUAG